AAAAUCCCUUUAAACUUAGAUUAACUGGCAGCUGGCAAUUGCUCUUGUUCAAGAUUGGGGGAGAAAGUAUCAAUCUUCUUCUCGGCACAGAAAUGGCAACGUCAUCUUCUCUACUGAUGAAUCCACUGACUUCUUCAUUCUUGAAAUCCCCAAAACCGGAGUUGUUUUUGCUCUCCUCCUCUACAGCAGAGCCUAUCUUCAAACAGUGCCUGGUGGGUCCCGCUACAUCCCCGUCUCAUCUGAGUCUCAAAUACAAGAAGGACAAGUAUGGUUCCUCUGCUUCUUCUGUGGUGUGCAAAGCAGUGUCCGUUAAGCCACGGACUGAGGUUGAAGGCCUCAACAUUGCUGAGGAUGUCACUCAGCUUAUUGGAAAAACACCUAUGGUUUACCUAAAUAAAAUUGUAAAGGGGUCUGUUGCAAACAUAGCUGCGAAACUUGAGAUCAUGGAACCAUGUUGCAGUGUCAAAGACAGGAUAGGUUAUAGUAUGAUACUUGAUGCUGAGCAAAGAGGAGUUAUAACACCUGGAAAGAGUAUUCUUGUGGAACCUACGAGUGGAAACACAGGCAUUGGCCUUGCAUUUAUAGCUGCUUCAAAAGGGUAUAAACUUAUCCUGACUAUGCCAGCAUCAAUGAGUCUGGAAAGAAGGGUUCUCUUAAAAGCAUUUGGAGCUGAGCUUGUUCUAACUGAGUCAGCAAAGGGCAUGAAGGGAGCAGUUCAGAAAGCUGAAGAAAUUUUGAAAAGCACACCCAAUGCCUUUAUGCUUCAACAAUUUGAUAAUCCUGCAAAUCCUAAGAUACACUAUGAGACAACUGGACCAGAAAUCUGGGAAGAUACAAGAGGGAAAGUGGAUAUCUUUAUUGCAGGUAUCGGAACUGGUGGAACCAUUUCUGGAGUUGGUCGGUUCCUAAAGGAGAAGAAUCCCAACAUUAAGGUUAUUGGUAUAGAACCUUUGGAAAGCAACAUACUUUCAGGUGGAAAGCCUGGUCCUCACAAGAUUCAAGGGAUUGGAGCUGGUUUUGUGCCCAGGAAUUUGGAUCAAGAUGCCGUUGAUGAAGUCAUAGAGAUAUCCAGUGAUGAAGCUGUUGAAACUGCAAAACAAUUAGCAAUCCAGGAAGGUUUACUGGUUGGAAUAUCUUCUGGAGCUGCUGCUGCUGCUGCAAUGAAGGUUGGAAAGAGACCAGAAAAUGCAGGGAAGCUGAUUGCAGUUGUUUUCCCGAGCUUCGGUGAGCGAUACCUGUCCUCAGUUCUUUUCCAGUCAAUUCGAGAAGAAUGUGAGAAGAUGCAACCUGAGCCAUGAAUACUCCCAUGUUCAAGUUUGUCUAAUAGAAUAGCAAUUUUUGUCCCCAAAUUUCAUCCAGUGCAUAUGCAUACACAUAAUUAUAUGCUUCAUAAUUGAUUGAAUCUGGCUUUAAGAUUAUCCUCUUAUAGCUGGUUUUACUCAUCUCCAAUGUACUUCUUGCAAGGUUAAAAUAAUACCGUUGAAAAAAUUUGUCUUGUGCCUUGUUUGCUUGGAAAGCCCACUUUUUUU